AUGUCAGACUUCAGAGCAAUAAAUACUUUGCCGGUUAUUGAGAAAGUUUUGGAAAUUGUUGUGCAUGAACAAAUUACUAGGUACUUUACUGAAAAUAACCUGUAUAUAGAAAAUCAAUCCGGAUUUAGAGAACACCACUCGUGUGAAACUGCCCUUCAAUUAACAGUUUCAAAAUGGAAAAAUGAAAUCGAUAGUGAUAAAUUUAUAGUAGCAGUGUUCCUUGAUUACAAGAGGGCAUUUGAAACUAUCGACAGGCAAAUAUUACUUCGUAAACUGAGAUAUUAUGGAAUCGAUGGAAUAGCCUUAAGUUGGUUCAAAAAGUAUCUCAAUG